AUGAUGAGCAGUGACUUUUUAGAUCCGGAGCUCUCGGGCAUAUCCGUCGAUGAGAGUAUUGCAAAGUUCAAAUGGGAGAGGAUCACCAAAGGAAGAUCAGACGACGACCUCAAAACAGUCUGGGACAACGUUUCUGAAUUGUACUGGUCUGGUGUCGAGCGAGAGGUUGCGGCAGCCAUCAUCGCGUUCGCAAAUUUCAAUGAGCACCAAGCCGAUAGUCUUCCUGUGGAGGACUAUCGACCAGAAGAUCUAAGGACCGAUCAUCUAGCUGAACUUAUCGACCUCUGGAAUCCGUUUGACGCCCAAGGUCCCCUUGGAGCACACCUUGGCGAUCCGAAUCAAAUGCACCGUCUGAAAGAACGUGUCAACGAGAGAGUAGCCGAUGAGCUCGAAUUUCUUCCGCUCGAGGAAAGACGCGCCCAGGCCCUUCUUCAAGCAUUGGGUCUAACGGACAUUGAUUUCGUCAGGGAACAUCGUCGGCCGACUUUCAGAUCUCUGGGUCAACGGCCACAGAUCAAAGCUGAUGAAGAUGAGUAUCUGCUUGAAGCAGUCCAGUGCUCAAACUGUCGACACUGCGUGCGAGCAUUCCACUGGUUUGAAUGUAAGUCAGGCUGCAAAGAUCAUCCUGAUCAGACCAACAUGUUCUCCAUCUCUCGGCCACAGCAUGCAGAUUCCGACGAUGCGCAGCGUCAAUCCCUUGGGCAAAGUGUACACGCAGUUGUACUAAGCGAAUCAUUGAGUAAGAUUUUGCCGUAUACGCUGUGUCCGCCAUGCUUUGAAAAAUCACCGCACCCGUACGACCAUCUCCACGUUGUUAGGCGGUUUCCAGAAGGGAAGUUUAUAAAUUCAAAGAGCGCGGCAUUUGGCUUGCAGCUCGACAUGUGGGAAGACCAGCUGGACGGUCGAUUUUUGAUGGGCUUUGGAGCUCUUACGCUGGAUCGGCUUGCUUCAGGAGCCUCCGUAUUCUCUCGUGCGUCGACGCGUCACAUCUUUCCGGCUGGAAACACUCACUGUGCUGUCAUGCUUGGGCCUUUAAUCAUCGAGAACGGCAGCAGAUUCAUGCCCUCUGGCGCUCGAAUUUCCCUACGCAACGUACCCAAUUUUUCCACUCUCUCCCUGGAGGACCUUCAAGAUUUCAUCUCGGACCCAGCUGAAUUUAAGUGGUCUGAAGGAAAAGAGGUCUUGACACAAAAACACCUUGCCAUCUCGCACGACAGACUUCUCUAUUCUUCUGUGCAUCCUGUGCAAGAGCGGAGAUUCAUGAGCACUCAGAAGCAGAUUGCUAGCGGACUAUUCACGCUAUCCUUCCCAAGAGUCGCCAACGCCGAGAGAAGCAUCAUCCGAGAGUUCAUCCACGUUUCAAAAUUAUGGAAACAACACACCGAAGAGCACCGCUUUGCGCAGAUUUCAGUUCUUCGAUCUGUCCUCAGGUCUUUCGCUCAGCGUAUUGUUGCGGAAAUAAAAGACACCCACGGCCCCAGGAUCUCUGAACUUCUUUUCUGCAUCGCAAGGCGCCUCCACAAAAGCGUCAAGCUCAAAUACGACAGGGUCUUCAACAAUUGCCAGGACUUCAGCAGCGCUAUGAUCUUCAACGGGGACGAAUGGGACGCUGAGUUUUCCGGUGUGUAUCCCAGGAUACCUCCAAGACGUGAACAGACUGCGGAGACUCGUGCAAUGCGUUAUAUGAUGAGUUUUGCGGGCAAAAUGCAGCACGGAGAGUUCUUUGUCAGCCCUCUCACGAGUUCUCUUCAGCUUUACGAUUCUUUCGGUCACAACGAUUCGGAUCUCAUAGAUCAUACCAUCAACGUUCGGACAAGAUCCUGGGACGGGGGUAGCAUGCUCGCUCAUGACGCGUAUUUGAUGAAGAACUCCACCAUGACUUGUGAGAAAAAGACCAGAUGUUCUUUCGCGGAUCAUCUUCUUGAUGGUCCGCACGAUAAUAUAUCAGUACUGACCACCCACAUCCACCGCAAACGAACUCUGUACACUGUCCCAUCUGGCACAUACGAUGACGCAGGAUUCGACGUGCUUUUGAUGAACAAGGGCGACUUGGAAUGGAUCCAGAAUCGCCUACAGAUCUUACACCGGCUCCGCCUUCUCAAUUCUUAUCUUAGUGUACUCGCCGACGAGUUCGGAUCCCUCAUCUCCGAUGACAGUAUUGCGAGCAAGGAGCUACUCAAGGCUUGGCGCCCAGUGAGCAGUCAACUAGGCCGCUGCUGGAGCUGUAACAAACGAGACGGUCGAAACAUUCACAAACCGACCUGGUUGAGCGAUUCAGAUACAGGAGAGAUGAACAAUUCCAGGUGGACUCUAUUAUCCACAACCUGGCACACAUCACCUGGCAUGCAGGCCAAGCAGGCCUGGAAAAGCCGUUAUGACUCCCUCCGAAAGCAGCUCUUUGCCGAGUCCAAAAGCAAGAUGGAGAUAUCUCUCACGCCUCCUGGAACAUGCGACUGCUCGUCAUGCGAGCGGAUCUGGGCAUCGAGGCUGUGCUCUCGCGCAACUAGGCAUGCUGCCUCGCAGCAAUCGGUCAUUCCUGAAGAGAGAUCGACGGCAUACUCAUCAAGUCAUCCAGAUUUCGUACCCCUAGACCAGCUGCUUUCCUCGAUCAAUCUCCUGGGAACUCAGUACAAAGUUGUCACGGAGUUUCUGAAACAGCUUACUCGCACUCCAGAGUAUCUCGGGUACCAGCAAUCUACUGAACUUCAGAUUGAGAUGUUUCCAGAUGUUUAUGAACUCUAUCUCUGGAAAGCUCGUUUCCAUCCAACAACUCUUCAAGGAGAGUAUCCACCUUUCCUGGAGUGGCUGGCCGCGAUACACAACGGGGAAGAUGAUUGAGAAUCUGCCCAUGCUGAACAAGUGGAGAUGUUCUUGUUUGCGGUCAGGACGAAAGACAACACCAUUGCCACCAAGCGGACGAAUAGCGAACGGCAUGUCAGGAAUAGUCUGGCCGUGCGGUAUUUGUAAACAAUAGAG